AUGCACAAGGGGGAGCCCCAGGAGCUGGAUAAAUGCUCCCAGAGCUUCCCUCUGGCUCUCUGCUCCCUGGCUGGUGGCAUGCUCAUACCUUUCUCUGUCCUGGUGGCCGUGGGGACAGUCCCGCCACGAAUCGCAGGCCCAAACGCAGAGCAGGUCACGGCCAUCCUCAACAGCAGCAUCUCCCUCCCCUGUGACAUCCACGCCCACCCAAGCCCGGAGGCCACAUGGUAUAAUGACAGCGAGGCCCUCUCCCUGGGCGAAGAGGCACCCACACGCUGCAGCUGGCACGAGUGCAGGCAUAGGACUCUGGGACUUCACCCCACCUUCAGGCAGGCUCCCUGCGGACCCCAGACUGCUGUCGUGGUGCGGGCCGGGGACAAGGCCAUCCUGAGCUGGGAGACAGAUGCGCUCUCCGAGCUGGCCGCUCUGCAGGGGGGCCAGAGUCUGGAGAUCCAGGAAGCCCAGGUGUCGGAUAAAGGUUUAUGUGGCUGUAAAGUGAGAAACGAGGCAGGGGAGGCCAUGAAGACCUUCAUCCUCAUUGUCCAAGUGCCCCCAACGUUUGAGAGCCCCAAGAUGGAGAUAGUGAGCCAGGUGGCCAAGAGCCCCCUGGUCCUGACCUGCGAUGUGUCUGGAGUCUCUGUGCCCACGGUCACUUGGCUAAAGGACAGGAUGCCCAUGGAUGACAGUGAGGCCCUUGGCAUGGUCUCCCGGGGCGGGGGGCGCCUCCAGCCAACCCAGGCAGGCAUCUACACGUGUGUGGCUGAGAACGCCCAGGCUGAGGCUGGUAAGGACCUCGCAGCCCCCGCCGCAGCGGCCCCCCGGAUCCAGAGCUCAGGUGCGCCCCAGGAGCGCCAUGUCUUGGAAGGGCAGCAGGUGAGGCUGGAACGUGAGGCCCACAGGCAGCCACCACCGGAGGUGGCCUGGCUGAAGGACAGCCGCCCACUGGCUCGGAGCUUGGGGCCCCACCUGCGCUUCUACCAGGACAGCGGCUCUCUGGUGCCGAAGGGCCUGUGGGCCUCGGACUCGGGCGCCUGCACCUGUGUGGCCCACAACCCGCCAGGGGGUUGCCAGGCUGCACGCUGCAUGUGCCCGGUGAUUCCUCCCACCAGCGAGGGCACAGACGACUCAGGGACCCUAGUGAGCAGGCGCGAGCCCGCGACCCUGGCGUGCCCCGUGCAGGGCUCCCCACACGUGCCCAUGAGCUGGCCCAAGGACGGUCUGCCGCCGCUGUCCCAGCACACCCACCUCCAUGGCUGUGGGUACAACCUCAGAAUUUCCCAGGUGCAGCCAGUCGAUGCCGGGGUCUUCACCUGUGUGGCUGCGAGCUCCGCUGGUGUGGCAGACAGGAACUUCACUCUGCAGUGCCACCCAUCCUGGAGCCAGUGGAGUUCCAAAAUGACGUGGUGGCAGUCCGCAGCUUGCCAGUGGCCCUCCCAUGCGAGGCCUGGGGCAUCCCCCAGCCCCUUGUGUCGAAUGAAGAACGGGGAGCCCCUGUUGUCUCAGGGCCUCAAGCAACGUCCCAGCCUGCAGCUGGAGACAGUGGGAGCCAGGGACGUGGGAACCUACUCCCGCCUGGCUGCGAGCGAAGCGGGGGAGGCCAGGAGGCAUUUCCAGCUGACCAUCAUGGAGUCCCCCCACACCGAGGCCACGGGCCAGUCUGCGGAGCUGUUGCCCACCCCCGGAACCCUCAUGGAGCUCCUCUGUGAUGCCCGGGGCACCCCCCAGCCCAGCGUCACCUGGCAUAAGGACCGGUAGGCCCUGAGCAGGGCAGAGGACAGCAGCAGAGCCAGGCGGGUGCUCCUGGUGGAGGACAUUCAGGUGCUGGUGCCCGGCCCAGGGGUGCGAGUGUGGGCUCUGCUGGCGGACGCCCACACCCAGUUCCCCAAGCAGGGCAGGUUCCUCCAGCUCCAGGCCCUAAGCGCGGUGGACAGUGGCGACUACAGCUGCACAGCCCGCAACGCUGCAGGCAGCACCAGCGAGGCCUUCCGCGUGGACAUCCACAGCGAGUGUGGCCCGCCCGCGGUGAACGCAUCAGCCAACCAGACGGCCCUGCGGCCCUGUCAGGUCAAUGGCACACUCCCGCCCUUCGUGAGCUGGUGGAAGGACAGAGCCCCCUGGGAUCCCGGGAGCCCCAGGUUGGAAGCUCUGCCCAAGGGUUCCCUGAGGAUCCAGCCAGUCCUGGCCCAGGACGCCGGCCACUACCUCUGCCUGGCGUCCAACUCCACCAGCUCUGAUCAGCAAGGCUGUGACUUCCACACUCUGGCCUCGCUGUCCUGUGAGGCCAGCGGCUCCCCCAAACCUCUGGCAGUCUGGUGGAAGGAUGCACAGAAACUGGACUUCCGCCUGCAGCAGGGCGCCUACUGGAGGGCCCCUCAAGCCUCGUCCUGGCUUUUAGUGGCCCCCACCAUCGCCAACUACCAGACCGACUUCACGGUAACCAGGAUGUCCCGGGUUCAACAGACGGCUGUGCUCACAUGCCACAGCACAGGCGUGCCGGCCCCGGGUGCCCAGCUGGGGCCGCAGGGAAGUGGCUGCCAAGGCUCACCUUCCGGCGCCCUGGAGAUCGGGCACACCCUGCCUAUCCACAUUGGCGGCUACACCUGCACAGCCCUCAUCGGCGUGGCCCACAAGCACGUGGUCCUCACUGUGCAAGCCUCCCCCGUGGUGAAGCCCCUGCCCAGUGUGGUUUGGGCGGGGGUGGAGGAGGAGGUACUGCUGCCCUGUGAGGCCUCGGGCAUCCCGCCGGCCAUCACCUGGCAGAGCGAAGGGCUCAGCGUCCCUGCACGUGCCCGGGUCCUACCCAGUGGGGAGCUGCACAUCGCCCACGCCCGCCCCAAGGAUGCUGGGAACCAUUUCUGCAUCGCCCAGAACAGCGCAGGCAGCGCCAUGGGGAAAACGCGGCUGGUGUCCCGAGUGGGCCUCUCUUUGCCUGCAGCCCCGCCUGUGAUCGAGGCCAGCCUCCCUGACCUGGCCUCCACCGAAGGCUCCCUUGCCCUCCUGCCCUGCACGGCCAGGGGCAGUCCCGACCCGCACAUCACCUGGGACAAGGACGGCCAGCCCCUGUCUGGGGCCGAGAGGAAGUUCAACAUCCAGUCUUCAGGGGACCUGCUGGUGAAGAACUUGGAGGGCCGGGAUGCCGGCACCUAUGCCUGCAUGGUGGAGAAUGCCGUGAGCUGGGCCCACCGCCGUGUGCACCUCACCGUCCUGGCGCUGCCUGUGUUCACCGCCCUGCCUGGGGACCGCGGCCUGCGCCUUGGGGACCCACUGUGGCUUCGCUGCGCAGCCCGGGGCAGCCCCACCCCUCGCCUCCGCUGGACCAUCAAUGACCGGUCAGUCACAGUGGGUGUGUCCGCACAGGAUGGGGCCAGCACACUGCAGCGGGCGGCGGUCACCAGAGAGGACAGUGGGACCUACGUCUGCUGGGCCAAGAACAGAGUGGGCCGCGUGCAGGCGGUCAGCUUCGUCCAUGUGAAGGAGGCUCCUGUCCUGCAGGGGGAGGCUUUCUCCUACCUGGUGGAACCCGUGGGGGCCAGCAUCCAGCUAGACUGUGAGGCCCGUGGAGACCCAGCACCUGACAUCCGCUGGAUCAAAGAUGGCCUUUUGUUGCGGGGCAGCCGUCUCCGGCACCGGCUGCAGAAUGGCUUGCUGGCCAUCUGCAAGACCGAGAGGGAUGACGCGGGACAGUACCAGUGCCUGGCAGAGAACGAGAUGGGCACGGCAGAGAAGGUGGUGGUCCUAGUACUUCAGAAUGCCCCCGUGUUCCAGGUGGUGCCUCAGGACUCGACAGUGAGAUCCGGGGAUGACGUGGCCCUGAGGUGCCAGGCCACAGGGGAGCCGGCCCCCACCAUCGAGUGGCUACGGGCAGGCAGACCCUUGCGGGCCAGCCGGCGGCUCAGGACCCUGCCCGAUGGGAGCCUGUGGCUGGAGCACAUGGAAGCAGGGUACGCGGGCGCAUACGAGUGUGUGGCUCACAACCUCCCGGGCUCUGCCACAACCCAGGCGCUCCUGGCAGUGAGAGGUACAGCGCGUCCCUGCCCAGACCUCUGUGGACAGAGACAGGACCUGCUGCCGAUGGGGAUCAGGGUGCCAGCCCUGCCUUCACAGGCUCCUGGCAUUCUAGGACACCCACAGGUCUCCCAUGUGUCUGUGGUCCCACCUCCUCAUUCCACAGGGGAGCCCCAGGGGAGCCGGGGCAGCAUGGUCAGGGUGAUCAAUGGGCAGGAAUUUGGCGUGGCCUUGCUCAACACCAGCAUGCAGCUGGAGGCUCGCUCCAGGGUCAGCACCUUCCAGAGCAGCAUCAGCCACAUCCCAGCAACUGUGGGGCCUCUGCUGCGGGUGCUGGUGGUCACCAUCGCCCCCAUCUACUGGGCCCUGGCUAGAGAGCAUGGAGAGGUCCUGAACAGCCACUCCCUGAUGGGUGGCAGCUUCUGGAAGGAGUUCCACAUGGAGUUUGCUACGGGUGGGAUCCCCGACCUGGCGCCAGUGGCCACUCCAGGACUCCUGGACCUUCCCCACUGUUUUGAACACGAAUACCACGGCUGUCGGGCCGCAGCAGACCCUGGGGGUCCCACGUCUGCUGGCCCACAGCAGAUUCUGAAGGACUCAUAUAUCUGUCGGGUAACAGGGAGCCUCGGAGGCUCCCUGUUUGUUGCCCCACAGAGGACCCUGGUUGUGCCAAACCCCUGUGAUGACAGGCUUUGCCACAGCCACACUUCUUGGACAGCCGACUCUUCAGGGGACGCCCUGUUUACGCCUACCUUUGGGCCCUGCUCUGGCUGGUUCUGCACCCUUCUACCACUUUACCCCCACAACGCCCCUGACCAGCAGGAAGUAGCCAGAAAGAAUAACGACGCCCCUCCCCAUAAGAACAGAAAAGGAGAGCUGCUGGAGAUGACCCAGAUGGUGCGGGCCCUGGGCCCUGACAGCCUCCUGGUCCUCAGCACGGUGGUCAAUGGCAUCGUCCCCGAGAGCCUGGCGGAGGCGGGCCUCCACGUGCAGGUGGACCAGCCUGGGGGGUGCCAGCGGGCCGGGCGAGGAGGACCCCAGGACUUCCAGGAGCACUCUGUGCAGACAGGGCCUGGUCAGCUGUUUGUGGGUUCCACACAGCGCUUCCUCCAGGGUGGCAUCCCCAGGUCCCUAUGCUGCAACCACAGCAUCGAGUACGACGUGGCACGGGGCCCCCAGCCCCAGCUGGUGCAGAACCUGCAGGCCUGGGCUAUUAGCAUGGCCUUUCACCCCGAGGCUGAGGCCCUGCGCUUCCACGGCCCUGCAAGCUGUUGA